UAAUGUGAUAGUUUCAAGUAUCCAGAGACCCUUCUGCUCUCGUACAAAUGCACCCAUUCAAAUUUAAAUGCUCACAAAUAACCACCAAGCUGACGAAAGUUAGUGGAGUCGAGUAGCUGGGCUAGAGCCUAAUAAACAUUACCAGAGACCUGAAAGUGUACUGAAACGACAAGAAUUGAAAGCAAAAAUGUAAUCGUUUUGUGAAAGAUUGUCACGAAGAAAUUGGAUAUCGGACUUGUCAACCAGCUGCAUCGUCACCGCGGCAACCUGUUUAUUUGUUGCGCCAUAGAUAAUGUCAGAAGUAGAAGAAACAUUUAAAAGAUUGUUAGCACACAAAGGAGUCAUUGGUGCAAUUAUUGUAAGCUCAGAUGGGAUCGCAGUAAGAACUUCCAUGGACAACAGUACCACAAAUCAUUACUGUGGUCUUAUUCAACAGUUGGUAGCAAAAUCUCGUUCUGCCGUUCGUGAUUUAGAUCCAUCUAAUGAUUUAACAUUCCUGCGUAUACGGAGUACUCGAAAUGAAAUUAUGGUUGCACCAGAUCGUGAUUACAGUCUCAUCGUUAUACAGGAAACAAGCACAGAAUAAAACGUUUUGUUUUUAUAUGGUUUUAGAUCUUUAAAGAAAACAAUAAUAUUUAUGCUUAAUAACUAACGGUAACUUAACUUUAUGGUUUUUUGGUGUUAUGAAUCCAUUUUUUUAAAUGGCUGUUAUUGUCAUUCUAUAGAACUAAUAAAUCGGUUGGUUAAUAAUGUCAU